AGGCCUGUACAGAAAUUUGGAUCUCAACAUCAAAACAAGUAUGCCAUGCUCUUGAAGAGUAUGGCUGCUUCUUGAUCAAAUCCAACCAAGUUUCUCUAGAUCUUCACAACGCAAUCUAUACAGCAGCACUUCAGGAUUUGUUCAAUCUUCCUAAAGAAAUCAAACAGCUAAUCAAAUCUUCUUCCGAACAACCUUACCGUGCAGUUUUCUCCAACAAUCUUAAUCAUGAAGGUAUUGCUAUGGGUGAUAUAAUCAGUACUUCAGAAGCUAUUCACCAGUUCUCCAAUCUCGCGUGGCCUGCUGGAAAUAGUCAUUUCUGUGAGAGUGUUAAUGAGAUUUCAAAGAUCAUGAUGAAUCUGGAUCAGACAGUAUUGAGAAUGGUGUUCCAAAACUAUGGUGUUGAUAAGUACUAUGAUUCUCAAAUUAGAUCAACCGACUAUGUUACUGGAUCCUCCAAGUACAAAGAAUCUGAGAAGAAUGAAAAUUAUGUGGGUCUUGUAAUCCACACAGAUAAGACAUUUUCAACCAUAAUUCAUCAGAAUGAUGUUAAUGGGUUAGAGAUUCAAACAAAGGAUGGCCAAUGGAUUCUUUAUGAACCCUCUUCACAUUCAUCAUUCCUGUAUCUUGCAGCUGAUGCAUUCAAGGCAUGGAGCAAUGGAAGAAUUCAUCCGUGUUGCCAUCGAGUUACUAUGAGCGUAAACAAGACAAGAUUCUCACUGGGAUUGUUCACGUUUCUCAAAGGAGUGACAUAUGUACCGGAUGAGCUAAUUGAUGAGGAGCACCCAUUGAGGUACAAGCCAUUUAGUCACAGAGAGUAUCACAGAUUAUUCAAAGAACACGGAAAGAAGAAAAUUCAAUACUCUAUUGAAGCUCUCUGUGGUGUUUGAGAUAUAUCAAUUGGAUAAGAUUAUCUAUGGUGGAUAGUGCUUUUGGAAAAUAAGUUUAAGGGGCCCAACAGGCGCAGCUGAAUUUUGACUUUUCGGUAGUGGAAUGCUAUUUUUAAUAUAAUGACAAAUUACCAAUGCCGUGUAAGCCCAUUGAUGGAUUGAGUUACUUUGUUUUCUGAUUAUUAGUUAACAAUUAUAGUGUUUGAUUCUAUAAAACGUCUUAUCUCAGUCAAGGUUUUGAAACCGACCAGGGGUGUCACCCGACCAAGGGGUUAGAGUCGGGUUGAUCGUCCAACUGGUUAAACCGACGCUCUGACUUGUGAUCCAGAAAGUUU